AUGACGAGUUCAUGCAUCCCCGAGGGAGGUUCUCAGUUUUGCCUUCGUCCCGUUGGUAUUCCAAUCCUGAACCACGAUGUCGAAAGUGCACUUUGCUCCGGAUGGGAAUGCUCUUUGGGCUGCCCGCCAAAUUACCAUCUUCAACAUUCUAUCGAACAUCUUCUUCAAUUGAUUCCAGCCAAACUUGGCGUCUAUUUCUGGCCUCUAUCAAUCGAGUCUCAUUCUGAUCGCUUAUGCAAACAAGUACAUGCAGAAGCAUAUCUUGUUGUUGUGAGACAAUUUUGUGGCCUUGCUGGAAAUAAGAUGUACUCACCCUAA